CGUGUGACGUCACUUUGGCGCCGAAUUGUUCGCCUUUGAGCGCGCAUAUUCAGCUACUUCCGCGAAUGACGACAUUCUACAGUGAAAAAUUACUGAAAGUUUAAUAUUCUGAAGGGAUUUUUACUUUGCAUUAAACAUGCAGCGAAGUAUAUCGUCCUUCUUUCAGCCAAUGAAGUGUAAGGAGAAGGAUGGCAUGCCCAAAGGGAAAUCUGAGUCAGUUAAAAGCCCCCUCAAACCUCAGAAUAUUGAUCAGGAAUGUGAUUCACCAGUGAAGACAAGUAAGCGGAACCGAGCAAUCAUAGACAGUGAUGAUGAAGAGCAGCAGAUGGUAAAAGAAGAGGCUUUCCAGCAAAAUGGAAAACAAACAGCCACACCAGGCUGUGAGAAGGUUGGCCUUGUUAAGGAUACGGCCAGUCCACUCUCACCAAAGCCCCUUGUUACCCCGACAAGUCCUACUGUUUCGGUAGCUUCUGGCACUCCUGAAACGCCUGUUACCCCGAAUUCCACUUCACCCUCCUUCAUUCCAAAACGCAAGACUGCCCGUAAACAGUUUCCCAAGAGGAAAUUGGACGGCAGGAGUGAUGAAGAGCGAGAAAAAGAGGAGGAAGGAAAAGAGACAGAGGGAGGACAGGAGAGUAAACGAGCAAGAAUAGAAGGAUCUCCUGAAAAGAUGGGAAUUGAUGAAGAGGCUAUGGAGGUGGAGCAAAAUAACAGAAAUACUGUGGAGAAAGAACUACUGAAAGCAAAGGAUCAGGGAAACAUGAAUGUGACUAAUGCUGAAAAAGAGAAUAAAAAACAAAGUGAUGAAAAGGAAACUGAACAGGAAGGAGAGAAGUAUGAAGUGAAUGGGAACAAUAAAGGAAUGAAAAAGGUAACGAAGGAGGAAAAAUGCAGUCCUGAAAGAGUGAUGAAGAAAUUGAAGGAUGUAGAAGAGGAGAAGAUAGAGGGAUCUGCUAAGAAAAAAGCCAUCAACAGUUUUUUUGCACCCAGAAAAGCUGCAAUGAAGCUGGAAAAAUCAGAAGAGAAAAGUAAUGUAGAGAAGAAGGAUGGCGAGAAGCCUGCGGCUGCUACUACUUCUGAGGAGAAAGAAAAGAAGUGUGAGAAGGAUGUAGAACCUGCAAACCAGAGCCAAUAUGAUCCUUCUAAAGCUCACUACCAUCCCAUUGAUGAUGCUUGCUGGAGGAAGAGGCAGAGAGUUCCAUAUCUGGCUGUUGCGCGAACCUUUGAGAAGAUUGAGGAAGAUUCGGGCAGGUUGAGAAACAUUGAGACUCUGUCCAACUUUCUGCGAUCUGUUAUCCUACUCUCUCCAGAUGACCUCUUGUGCUGUGUGUACCUGUGUCUGAAUCAGCUUGGCCCCGCCUACCAGGGGCUAGAGCUAGGUGUAGGGGAAACAGUACUGAUGAAAGCUGUUGCCCAGGCGACUGGGCGUCAACUGGACAAAAUCAAGACAGAGGCCCAGGAAAAAGGUGACCUGGGAUUGGUAGCGGAGAGUUCCCGUAGCAACCAGAGAAUGAUGUUUGCACCAGCGAAUCUGAGUGCAGUGGGCGUGUUCAGCAAACUGAAGGAGAUUGGCAAUAUGAGCGGAAACUCUGCAAUGAAUAAGAAAAUUGACAUCAUUAAGGGUCUGUUUGUGGCUUGUCGUUUCUCUGAGGCCAGAUACAUUGUGAGGUCACUGGCAGGCAAACUGAGGAUUGGAUUGGCUGAGCAGAGUGUUUUAGCAGCUCUGAGUCAAGCAGUAUGUCUGAGUCCACCAGGUCAAGAAUUCCCGCCAGCUGUGAUUGAUGCAGGAAAGGGGAUGAGUGCAGACAGCAGGAGAGCAUGGCUUGAGGAAAAAGGACUCAUCCUUAAGCAGACUUACUGUGAAAUGCCAAAUUAUGAUGUCAUCAUCCCUGUCAUGUUGAGGUUGGGCAUAGAUGAACUGCCUAAUCACUGCAAACUUACUCCAGGUGUGCCACUGCGCCCCAUGCUGGCCCACCCAACUAAGGGAGUAGGGGAGGUGAUGAAAAGGUUUGAUGAGGCUGCUUUCACCUGCGAAUACAAGUAUGAUGGAGAGAGAGCACAGAUUCACAUUCUUGAGAGUGGUGAGGUUCGUAUCUUCAGCCGAAACCAAGAGGACAACACCAGCAAAUACCCUGACAUCAUUUCACGGAUCCCACAGAUAAAGAAGGAAUCUGUGCUUAGCUGUGUGUUGGACUCAGAGGCGGUUGCAUGGGACAGAGAGAAAAAGCAGAUUCAGCCCUUUCAAGUUCUUACCACACGCAAAAGGAAGGAUGUGGAUGCAUCUGAGAUUAAGGUGCAGGUUUGUGUGUAUGCCUUCGACCUGCUGUACUUAAAUGGAGAGUCUCUAGUACGGGAGCCAUUGAGCAAGCGUCGAGCUUUGUUAAGGAAGAGUUUCAUGGAGAAGGAGGGAGAGUUUGUCUUCGCUCGUUCUCUCGACUCUAAUAACACUGAAACUAUAGCAGAGUUCCUGGAGCAGUCCAUACGAGACUCUUGCGAAGGCUUGAUGGUGAAGACCCUGGAGAAAGAUGCCACUUACGAAAUUGCCAAACGCUCUCAUAACUGGCUUAAGCUGAAGAAGGACUAUUUGGAAGGUGUGGGGGAUACAGUGGAUCUGUGUGUGAUUGGUGCAUAUCUAGGGAAGGGCAAGAGAGCCGGUAGCUAUGGGGGUUUCCUGCUUGGUUGCUAUGAUGAAGAGAAUGAGGAGUUUCAGGCUGUCUGUAAGAUAGGAACAGGCUUCAAAGAUGAAGAUCUGGAGCAGCAUUACAAUUUCUUAAAGGAACACAUCCUUCCUAAGCCCCGCCCCUACUACAGAGUGGAUCAAUCUGCAGAGCCAGAUGUUUGGCUGGAUGCUGUACAAGUGUGGGAAGUGAAAUGUGCUGAUCUGUCACUGUCUCCGGUGUACAAAGCAGCAAUGGGAUUGGUGGACCCAGACAAAGGGAUUUCCCUUCGCUUUCCUCGAUUCCUUCGCAUCAGAGAUGACAAGAAACCAGAGGAUGCUACUACAGGAGCGCAGAUUGCUGAUCUCUACAGAAAGCAGCAGCAGAUUCAGAAUCAAGGAGAAAAGGAUGAUCUAGAGGAUUACUACUGAUCUCUGCCUUCUGAUUGGCUCCUGCAGUCUCAGAUUUAUUCGCAGCUGUAUAAAGUUUAGGCAGACUAUUCAUGCAGGCUGUAUCAUUUAAUGAUUACUUUUUUGUUUCUGUAAUUAUUUUAAAUGAAAGUACAAAUCAGAAUUGUACAUAGGACAUAGUCUUUAAAAUAAAGAAAUAAACCUUUUAUAAACUGCU